UAAAUGAAAAUGCGAGUUACUUAUUAGAGACGCAACUGGAUUCGUUGAGGGUAACCUCAUGUCGCCUGUUGUUGGAGACUAAGUGUUCUCCACAAAAUUCCACUUCUAACUACCUCAAACAAAGUUCCAACGAUCUUUCUCCACGCGCAACGUUGUGUGCGUGCUACAGAUGGUUUUGAGUUCCCUCUUAUAACCACCAAAGGAUAUACUGAUUACAAAGCUAUCGGAGGGAGUUUGACUGUUGUUUUUGUCCUUUUUUUUCUGUUUUUGCACUACUCUUCUUUUUCCUGUUGCUGAAUAUGCACACUACACAGAAGGAUACUACUUACACUAAAAUCUUUGUUGGGGGUCUUCCCUAUCACACGACAGAUGCCAGUCUGCGGAAAUACUUCGAAGUGUUCGGGGAGAUUGAGGAGGCCGUGGUCAUCACUGACCGACAAACGGGCAAGUCCCGGGGAUAUGGUUUUGUUACCAUGGCUGACAGAGCCGCUGCAGAAAGGGCCUGCAAGGAUCCUAAUCCUAUCAUAGAUGGCAGAAAGGCAAAUGUGAACUUAGCGUACUUGGGAGCAAAACCGAGGAUAAUGCAGCCAGGCUUUGCAUUUGGAGUUCAGCAGAUUCACCCUGCUGCAUUCAUUCAGCGUCCGUAUGGGAUUUCUGCCUCUGAAACUCUUGCGUGGAAGCAGACGUGCCUGAUUCCAUCUCACUACAUUUAUCCCCAUGCUAUUAUGCAACCCGGAGUUGUAAUUCCACAUGUCCAGCCUGUAACUGCUGCAACCGCUACCACACCUUUAAUUGACUACAGUGGAACUGCAUAUGCUCAGUAUUCAGCAGCCUCUGCAGCUGCUGCAGCAGCUUAUGACCAGUAUCCAUAUGCAGCUUCCCCUGCCGCCACAGGGUAUGUUGCCACAGCAGGUUAUGGCUAUGCAGUCCAGCAGCCUCUUGCCACUACAACGCCUGCUACGGCAGCUGCAGCAGCUGCUGCCUUUGGGCAGUACCAGCCACAGCAGUUGCAGACUGAUCGUAUGCAAUAGCAACUGGACUUCAAGGACAGGAGAGCCUUUUUUUUUUUUUUUUUUUUUAAGUGGCCUUCCACAUGUACAUGAGUGAACAGAGACCACAUUAAAACGUACAAAAAAAAUUGAGAACAGUAUGAUAUUGCAAAACCAUUUUAUUCCAUGGUCUGCUAAAACCUGAGUAGAAACCGUUUUAAGUACUGCAGUGGUAUUCAAGCAUUUAAAGCUUUUCUAAAAACCUGCAAGUGUAAACUCGUUUUUCUCACGAGUACCAGCAAUAACAGUGAGGCUCACCUUAAGAUGAAGAAGAAAUGAGAAAAAUUAUAUUUGUAUUGACUAUCAGGGAAGAAAACUACUGUUUCCACACGAGACAUUUUUGUUGAAUUAAACUUAUGGAAAUAACAGAUCAGGGAAAUUCAGAUUAAGCAACAUUGUAGCCUGUGCUGUAUGUAUGUGUGUAUAUAUAUUUAACUGUUUUGUCAGCGCACUGAAUGUUCUUUCUAAGUUCACUGUAGCCUAUGCAAAAGUAUUUUGGAUUUUUAAAAAAAAAAUCAGUUUGGGCAUCGAACAAUCGGAAAACCUGGGCCUCUUGGUAAAAUGACAGGCAGGCAUAAAAGUUUAUUCUUGUCUGCCAUUCUGAAUGAACUUUGGAGCAAGUGAUGUGGAAUUAAUGAGCGUAACAGCUGUACAUGUGGUCACUGGUGCGGACAUUUCUGGAAAGCACAUCACUUGUUUUUCGUUUCAGCUUGUCUCAUCCUAAUCCUUUUCCCUGUCCUGUUUCACUUUUUUGGGAGGCAUUAACUGCUGUUGUCAGCUAUUCUGAUUCUGAAAUAGGAUCAGCCCUCAACUAACAGCCUUCCUAAUUUAUUGCAUACAUCUGUGGCUUGAAAAUAAAGGGCAGGAAAACAAGUUAAAGUAACCCUUUAAGAACUGCUUUUUUUUUUUUUUUUUUUUUUUUUGUAAAAGUGAAGAGUAAAACUUGUGUAUUUUGUCAGUUGUUACACAAUGGUAUUUAAAGGGAAUAUUUAUUUGCUACUAAAUACAUUUCAUUUUUACACAGGUUGUAGUUCUUUCAGGGGUUAAAGCAAUGUGGUUCAUAUUGUGCCUUAAUUGUAAUGAUAUUUAAAAUAUUUAUUUUGAAAGUUUUACAAUAAUGCACACUAAAGAAUUAACUUUAGCUGUUGCAAUACGAUAUGAAAGAAAUGAUGCAUUCAUCUCAUAGCUUAUAAAUUAUUUAGUAGUUUUUUGAUAUAGUUGAUAAAAUAUCAGCCUAUCCUACCAAAAUGUUUACUUCAUUUAUUUAAAAGUUCUUUAAGUGCACUGUACAAUGGUACUCUUAGCAUUUUAGACAUGCGUAAAAUUGCUACUGGCCUUAUGCUGUAUUUCCUUUGUUUUAAGUUAUCGUGCAGACCUCUUAUCCAGAAUUUCAGUGUAACAUUGCUGUUCUUUGUCUAGGAAUAUGAAAUUUUUCAUUUUCUUUGAAAACAGAUGCUGCUUUAUAUUUGAAUACGAUGUCCUGUAAAGCUAUAAAAUUUGGGAUUUUUAUUAUAAGAAUAGUCAUCCAAUUAUUUUACAUUGUAUGAGAUUUUUUAAUACUUGAACAAUUUCAUACAAGAGAAAUUAGAACAGCAUUUUGUGGACUGUACAAUUUCACUGGAUUAAAAGUAUUCAGAAACUGUAGCCAGUGUUAAUUUACAACUCCUUUUUUGAAAGUUCUGCCUGUAUUAUUUAUUCAUUAUCUAUAUAUUGCUUUACAAUGUCAGAACUUCCCCCACUUACCACUUUAAUUAAAAUAUUAAAAUACC